AGAAAUUUGUGAAGAGGAAACUCCAUGUUGUAACAAAGUUUCCUCCGCGGGCGUCUCUUUCUCUCUCCCCCUUUUUUGUUUUUUCUCUCCCCCCCCCCCCGUUUCCCCCUCCCCCUUUUUUCCUUUUUUUGGGGGGGGCAAUUUCCCCCCCCCUCCCCGCCGCCCGGGCCGCCCCCGAAGUAACUCCUGGAGGCUCGGAGCGCGGCGGGAGGAGCCGGCGGAGGAGGGACCCCCCCCAGCCAACCCUUCUGGUCUAAUGGACAGUCAGUCCAUCAUCACCCAGGUUAGCAAGGAAGAGGUGAACACCCCUCUGCAGGAGAAAGGUGCUCCCAGGCCAUCGCCGUCCAAGAAGCCCCGGAACCGCAGCAUCUUCCAGUCCCUCUUCUGCUGCCUCUGCCAUGACGCCUCGGACCCCGUCCCGGUCAACAACAACGCCCCGCUGCUGGUGGAGGAGAACGGCGUCGUGCCCAAGGCCGCUGUCAAGUACCUCCUGCCCGAGAUCAAACCCCAGGACGCCAGCAAGCUGUGCGUGGUCAUCGACCUGGACGAGACACUGGUGCACAGCUCCUUCAAGCCCGUGAACAACGCCGACUUCAUCAUCCCUGUCGAGAUUGACGGCAUCAUGCACCAGGUGUACGUGCUGAAACGCCCGUACGUGGACGAGUUCCUGCAACGCAUGGGCGAGCUCUUCGAGUGCGUGCUCUUCACCGCCAGCCUGGCCAAGUACGCGGAUCCCGUGGCCGACCUGCUGGACAAGUGGGGAGCUUUCCGGGCCCGCCUCUUCCGCGAGUCCUGCGUCUUCCACCGCGGCAACUACGUCAAGGAUCUGAGCCGUCUGGGCCGGGACCUGAGCCGCAUCCUCAUCGUGGACAACUCCCCCGCCUCCUACGUCUUCCACCCCGACAAUGCGGUGCCGGUGGCGUCGUGGUUCGAUAACAUGGCCGACACAGAGCUCCUGGACCUGCUGCCUUUCUUUGAGAGACUCAGCAAAGUGGACGACGUUUACACAGUGCUAAAGCAGCACCGGACUAGCAGCUAGUGACCCGGGGCCGGGCGAGAUGCCAGCCUGGCGGGAUUCCCCACCCCUCCUCUGGCCGGCCGCCCCACUGAUCUACCCACAAGCCCCAGCCUGCAGCUUCUCUGGGGCGCGGAGCGGAGGCGGUGGCAGGCGGCGGAGGGGCCAGGCGGGGAGCCCCGCGUGGGGCUCACACCCGCCGGGCAUGGGGGAGACGCCCGGCUGCAUCACUCGAAACCAGCCCCAAACCUGGACCUUUGUCGUCAUGUAACGGUUCUUCUCCUGUAAACUGGGGAGGGCCAGAGGGCAACAGAACCACGGCCCGGUCCCCCCUGAUUGGGCUGGGGGGUCAGAACCACGGCCCGGUCCCCCCUGAUUGGGCUGGGGGGUCAGAACCACGGCCCGGUCCCCCCUGUUUGGGCUGGGGGGUCAGAACCACGGCCCAGGCCCCCCUGAUUGGGCUGGGGGGGGCUCAGGACCGCAGCCUGGUCUUCUCUGAUUGAGCCAGAGGGUUUCAGGACCGCAGCCCGGUCCCCUCAGCUGGGCCAGGGGGUUUCACAGAACUGCGCCCCAGCCCCAUCUCGCUUGCCGUGGAGGUGGGAGAGGCAGGUGGGGUUGGUUCCAGGAACCCAGUCCAGAGGUACUUAGCCAUGGGGGACAGAGACCCCAUCACCCCCCGAGUGCAGGUGCAAAGUGCCCCCAGGAGGUGGGGGAGGGGGCAUUUUCGCCUGCUUUGCCUGGAUGGGAAUGACUCCUGUGGGCGAAGGGAAUUUGGGGGACCUGUGACCCACACGACAGCUGGGUCCCAGAUCCUGCCCCCUCCAGAAGGCCCUGGGUUCCUGUUACCCACUGGCGGGGUGCGGGCCCCAUUCCAGGGGAAUCCUGCAGGGAAGGGGGGGCAGGAGGGUCAGUGCCAAGUGCUGGGGCCUGCAGGGGAGUUGGUUGCGUGAGGGUGGGCCCUGAGCAGAGGGGGAUCGGUUCCCCCAGCAGGGCUGAGAGCGGAAGGACGUGGAGAGAGAUGGGGGGAGGAAGGUGCCCUAGAGGAGCCGGAGGGGCUCACAGAGACUGUGGGCUAGCGGAAAGGAGGCGGGGCUAGCGGAAAGGAGGCGGGGCUAGUGGAAAGGAGGCGGAGGGUCUGAGCUGAGAGGAGCUGCUGGAGUAGCCCAGGGGUCCUGGGGGGGAGGGUAGCUUGGCCCCCCAGGCUCCAGGCACAAGGGAUGGGCACUAAGGCGAGAUUUCCCGGGCAGCUGUUAACCCUUUCCCUGCUGGUUAUAUGGCGGGUGCCCCCCUGCCAAACGGUUCUUACUUCCCCAUCUCCUCUGGGCCUCACAGGGAAAUCAGAUUUGUAGGUGCCUUGGGACUGGGGCCCAUUGACCUCUUGGCUUAUGCAAAUGUUGCCUUUCCCUGCAGUGCAUUGUGGGGCUUUAACCCCUCUCCCCCGAGGAGCUGCCAUUGUGGCUGUCAGAAGCCAUCAAGGCGCCCCCGUGCUGUGGUUGGAUAGAGCAGGCAGUGAGCUGGGCCAUUGGGUUGAGCCCACCCCAGCCCUGGACAGGAUGGAGGGGGGCGGUGGGAUCGCCCCAGGGGAGUCUUGGCUGGCCAUGGCAGGCAGCAGCUCUCCUGUCUGAGGGGCUAGGCCUGCCGGCCCGUGAGCUCCCUGGUGGCCAGGGGCUACUGCAUUCCCAGCAGAUGAGGUGGGAGGCUGCAGUGACACCAGCGAAGAGCAACUCCAUGGGCCUGAUUUAGAGAGAGACCACCUGUGCCUGGAAGGAUGCCCCUCUCCCCUUAACUCUGCCCUUCCCCAGGGAGCCAGGCCUGCAGGAGUCACACCUGCGGAAACAAGCAACGUCUCUGACUGCAGCUGUGGGGGAGGGGGCUCCUUCCUCUGGGAUCAUGUCUGUCUCUUCUUUAGUGCCUUUCAGCCCUCCCUGCCACUCUCCAAACGGUUGUGGGGGGCAGAUUCCCUGGCCUUGGGGCUGGCUCAAACCUCUGCCUUCUCAGUGUUUAGAUCCCUAAAUGCCCCCAAACCAAUCCCUGCCUGCUGGGGGGUGUCCUGUAGAGAUUGUGCCUUGGGACACCGUGUCCCGCCCACCCCCCACCCCCUAACCUCUGGGGGGCCGAGGGGCUGAUAAAUUGCACUCCCAAGGAAACCUUGGAUUUGCUCACCGCUGCACUGAGGCUAGUGGUGCUAGUGUCCCCCCCCCCCCCCCCCCCCCGUAAGUGGGGCAGUGGGUUGGUUCAAUGGCUGUUCUGAUGGGGAUGGGGGUCUCCCUCCUCCCCCUGCAACCAAAUUGCUCCCAGCCCACCCAAAGCUUCAGCUCUUACUUUGGGUUCAGGGGAGCAAGGAUUUUGACUGGGGCAGAGGGAGAGACUCUUCCCCCCCGAACCAAUUGCCCCAGGGCUGCAUUCAGGUUCACUGGAGACCUGCUUUGCAUUCCCCUCCCCCAGGCUCCCCACAACACCCCCUUGUGCCCCACACCGCUAGGGGGUGCCGUCCAGAGAUAGCACCCCCUUUCUAUGGCCUUAACUGUUUUGUAUGCGAGUUGUUCUCGGCUGUGCCUUGCGGCGGUGGCCGUCCACACGACGCUGCUGCUGAUCUCUUUCGCCUUAGCUUGGGGAGUGUCCCUCAGGGAGAGGUCUCGGGGGGUGGGGGGCAAGGGCAGGGGGAGUCAUGUAUUUUAACCGGGCACAUUUAGCUCAUAUAAAUAUGUAUCAUGUGUAUAUAUAUUUUUAGGGAAAGCAACGGCGACACAAGUCACCAGAGGAUUUUUACAGCUCGUAUUUUUAACGAUGUUCCUGGGAGAUGGUUAUUUUUCUGGGCGGGGUCGUUCCUCGUGUAAAGAAGCAGGGAGGGAUUUGGGGAGGGGGGUGGGUAUUUUGUCUGCCGGAUGAUGUCUGUAUUGGAUGCACGCAACCCUUCUCCAAAUGCCUGCCUGUCCCCCCAAGCCCCAGGGGGCGCCCAGGGCCCGAGAUCCAACCGCCUCCAUCUUACAGUGCUGGGUUUUCAAGGAAAGUUUUAGCUCUUUAAAAUCUGGGCCCUUUGUGUGGUUUGGUGGUUUUCCUCCCUGCUUUUAUAACCGCCAGGUGAAAAAAACUGGGGUUUGUGUGUCAAUUUCACACCUCCAAAUUUGUCCAUUCACCAUACACAUCUAUCAAUCUAUCCCUGUACACCCCCUCUAUCUAUAUAUUCUCAUACACCCUAUCUAUCUAUCCAUCCAUCCCCAUACACCCUUUUAUCUAUCGAUCAGUCUAUCCAUCCAUCCCCAUACACCCCUUCUAUCCAUCUGUCUAUCCCCAGUCACCUCUUCUAUCUAUCCGUCCAUACACCCCUUCUAUCUAUCUAGCUAUCUAUCCCCAUACACCCCUUCUAUCCAUCCCCAUACACCCCUUCUAUCCAUCUAUCUAUCCCGAGUCACCUCUUCUAUCUAUCGAUCCAUACACCCCAUCUAUCUGUCUGUCUGUCCAUACACCCCUUCUAUUUAUCGAUCCAUACACCCCUUCUAUCUAAUCUAUCUAUCUAUCUAUCUAAAUUAGCCAAAACCUGGUAUUUCUAUCCUAGGGGAAAUUCAGAGAUUUUUGAAAUUUCGUUUCUUCCAAAAUCAGGGCAAAGAGUUGAGAUCUCAGAUGUUGUCACAAACCAAAGUGUUUGGACCAAUUUCGUUUUGACUGUAUGGGAACGUUUCAUUUCCAUAGGGUCGAAAUGUUUCUUUCAGCAUCUCAGACGCGGUUCUAAAUGGACUGUUUGGCUAAUUUCCCAUCAACAACUGGGGUGAACUCGAUAUGUCCUCUCGGUGGAGAGAGCUGAACCCACUUCAGUGGGGGGCACUACAGAGCCAUCGGCGCCUCUGCAGCACCCCCACCGGGGCAGCAUGAAUUCUGAUUCCCUUCACUGCGGGAUUCCCCCUUUAGGGCCGCGGCCUCUGCCCGGUGCCCGAGUCUGACGCUCACCAGCUUGGCCUGAGCAUCUCGAUCUGGCUUUGUCUCUGUCCCUGUGGAGCCGCUGGAGCCCAAUCCUGCUCCCUUGGCGGCCCUGGGCCUAACCGGCUGUAUUGUAAAGCCCAGCACUUCCCUGGAUCAGGAAAAAGCAAUCGUGGCCCCGUUGUGUUGAUUGCCCGGGUUGGUUUCAUGCCACUGAGGUGCCACCCUGCUACUACUGCCCCCUGCUGGGCGCCCCCUGCUUUGGCAGGGCAGGGGCAGUUUUGUUUGGUAACUGCCAGGAUGUGGGGAACGCCCCGGCACUGGCGUUUGGAGAAAGGGCUGCGGGCCUGCGGCUGCUCGUGUCUUCACUGUGUAUCUGUUGGGUAAAGAGACAACCCAUGAGCAAAUCGCAGCUAUGGGAGAGAGAGAGAAAAACCCGAUCAAAGUGCCUUUUGUGUGAUUAAACUGUAAAAUAAUCUUUAAAGGAAAAAAAAAAUACCGUGAGAACCA